AUGGUUCGAUCAUGCGAUGAGGUGAUCGCCAAGAAGAGCCUUUCACCGCUUGCUGCAACGGCAGGAGAAGACGACGUCCGUGUUCACUCAGAGGAAGUUUACAGUGCCAUCCUGGACGUCACUGCCCCCACCGGAUACAUGGACAAUCAAGUACCUCCCACUCGGGCUACCCCUCGCGAAUCCCGUGUUAAACACAACCAACCCAUCACCCAUCGGGCCAUCCUUCCGCAUUGUCCGCACUCACCCACCAUGGCCGAACCCAAAUUCCACCCCUUCAUGCGCCUGCCCCCGGAAUUACGCCACCAAAUCUGGGAGAUGAGCAUCGAACCGCGCGAGGUCGUCUUCGGCCGAUUGAAGGAAACCAACGACCGCCGCCGCAAACUACCGUUCUGCGCGGCGCCGCCACCGUCUCUCCUGACGGCCUGCGCCGAGUCGCGCGCCCACAUGCAGCGCUUCUACACCAAAGCCUACAUCCGACCGCUCCCCGGUGCGCCCUCGCACGGCAGGGACAACGUUCCCGAAUAUUGCUGGGUCAAUUUCGCCACCGACACCGUCCGCAUCACGCACCGCCAGGUCCCCCACUUCAGCCACCUCGCCGCCGCGCGGAAGCUGGUCGUCGAGACCUUGUACGAGCUCGCCUCUCGUGACCGGUUCCGGCACCCGGGCCUGGCGCUGGAGCAGCUCACGAUUCUAGACCUGGAUGAGUCGCGCGGGGCGAUCUGGUGGUUCCCGUGGAUCGAUUUCAUGGAGGGGUUGUACUACGGGUGCGACGCGGUGGCGUUCGACACGACCGUCCUGCAUGGCGACGCGGAGCCCCUGACGCGGGAGAACUGGUUGCAGGUGGAUCGGGCGUGGCGCAAGGAGAUGCUGGAUAAGAUCUUUUGGGGGCAUCCCGAGCUGAGAGAGCAGGCGGAACGGGGGGGGGAUGACGAGGAUGCCGAGGAUGUCGAGCAUGUCGAAUGGCCUAGGUUGGUCACGUUUCGGCGGCGUUGGAGGCAUGUGGAUGGGUGUGCUUGUGCGAAUAAAAAGGGGGCCCCGGCUAAUAAGUGA